AAGUAUAGGGGAAUGGCUUCCAAGUGUAAAUACUGUUGUUACUUAGAUGUUACAGGUAAGCCAAAAAGGGAGGAAAUAAUUUCUAAUAUCAACUAGAAAUAAAUGGUGAUGGUUAAUGUUUUAAAAAAAUUUUUUUUCUAUAAAGUAUGUAUAUUUUAUAUGAGAAAGGGAGUCCAUUUGUAGAGUUAUGUGAAGUGUCUAUGGCGUUGUUGGUACUUAAUAAUUUGAUGAAUUAAUUUGUUGAAACUUUAUGUAAUGUAUUGGAAGUGCUGUUAGGAUUUUUUUAAAGUUGGAAUUAACAUUGUAGAAUCUGGUACGGUUGCAUGUAGAAAUGUUAUGUAGGUUAUAUUUCACAUAGAGGAUUUGGUUUUCUUACUCUUAUUAUUUCCUCUUGUUCUGUGGUUGGCUUAAUCUAUAUGGGUUUCUUAGAUGCUUGUUUUUCAUGUCUAGGAGGGUAGAUAACCUGUACUUUAUUUUCCUAAAUAUCUGGUGGUUGGGAUAUCGUUGAUUUAAAUGAGAGUUUUAGCGAUUUUUCUCAAUUUUCUCAUUUUUUAAAAAGUGAUGUUGCUUUCCCCUUAGUAUGGGGUAGAUCUCAGGUGGCUUAUGAGUACAUCCAUACUGCUUCAGCUUUUUUUAAAAAAAUUACUUAUUAGAUGGCUGUGCUGGGUCCUUGUUACUGUCUGUGGGCUUUCUCUAGUUGUCGUGCACAGACACGGCAGUGGCUUUUGUUGUGGAGCGCAGGCUCUCGAGUUCAGGCUCAGUAGUUGUGGCUUGUGGGCUUAGUUGCUCUGAAGCACGUGGAGUCUUCCCGGAACCCAUGUCCCCUGCAUUGGCUGACAGAUUCUUAACCACUGGACUGCCAGAAUAAGCUGUGACCAUGACUACUGAAGUGGGCUCCGCAUCUGAAGUGAAGAAGGAAUCUGACCAGUUAGGAGCAGAUGCAACCAAGGAGAAACCGAAAGAAGUAGCGGAAAAUCAGCAGAAUCAGACGUCUGAUCCAGAGGAGGAAAAAGGUUCCCAAUCAUCUCCUCCAACUGAAAGCCAAAGUAGCCCACGCCGCCAGAAAAAAGAGAAAGAUCCAUCUGAGAGCCGGGGGAUUUCUCGAUUCAUACCUCCUUGGCUUAAGAAACAAAAGUCCUAUAACUUAGUAGUGGCCAAAGAUGGAGGAGAUAAAAAAGAGCCUACCGAACCUGUUGUGGAAGAACAGGUUUUAGACAAGGAGGAAUCUCUUCCUGAAGAAGAAAGGCGGGCCAAGGGUGAUGCUGAAGAAACAGCUCAGAGAAAACAACAGGAGAUUAAGCUUGACGUCAAGGAAGAGAAACCUCUGCAGCCUGUUGAAGAAGUAAGGAAGGAGAAAGAAGGAGAGAAGGUGAAGGAAACACAGGAAGCAGAAGUUAUGGAUGAAGCAGCAAAAAGGGAGACAAAGGAAGUGCAGACCAAUGAGCUGAAAGCAGAGAAGGCCUCUCUGAAAGCCCCCAAGAAGACCAGAACUGCCCAGUGCAAAGUGACCCUUCUGGACGGCACCCAGUACUGCUGUGACCUGGAGAAACGUGCUAAGGGGCAAGUGUUAUUUGACAAAGUGUGUGAACAUCUCAAUCUCUUGGAGAAGGACUACUUUGGACUUGUGUUUCAGGAGAACCCUGAGCAGAAAAACUGGCUAGAUCCCGCAAAAGAAAUAAAGAGACAGCUGCGAAAUCUUCCUUGGCUGUUCAGCUUUAAUGUGAAGUUUUAUCCUCCUGAUCCUUCUCAGCUGACUGAAGAUAUCACCAGAUACUUCUUGUGCCUUCAGCUCCGGCAGGACAUUGCCUCGGGUCGCCUGCCCUGCUCCUUUGUGACUCACGCUCUCCUGGGAUCGUACACACUGCAGGCUGAGCUUGGGGACUAUGACCCGGAAGAGCAUGCCAGUCAUGACCUCAGUGACUUCCAGUUUGCCCCCACCCAGACAAAAGAGCUGGAAGAGAAGGUGGCAGAGCUGCAUAAGACCCACAGGGGCUUAUCUCCAGCACAAGCUGACUCUCAGUUCUUAGAAAACGCCAAGAGGCUUUCUAUGUACGGCGUUGACCUGCACCAUGCCAAGGACUCAGAAGGCGUGGACAUCAAGCUGGGUGUAUGUGCUAAUGGACUCCUCAUCUACAAAGACAGGCUGAGAAUCAAUCGUUUCGCUUGGCCGAAAAUCCUGAAAAUCUCCUAUAAGCGCAGUAACUUCUACAUUAAAGUUAGGCCAGCAGAGCUGGAACAGUUCGAGAGCACCAUUGGCUUUAAGCUGCCAAACCAUCGGGCAGCAAAAAGGCUAUGGAAGGUGUGUGUGGAACAUCAUACUUUCUACAGGCUUGUGUCUCCAGAGCAACCACCAAAGGCCAAGUUCUUGACCUUAGGGUCCAAAUUCCGCUACAGCGGCCGCACACAGGCACAGACCCGCCAGGCCAGCAGCCUCAUCGACCGGCCAGCGCCACACUUCGAACGCACUUCUAGUAAACGGGUCUCCAGGAGUCUAGAUGGAGCUCCAAUUGAUGCUGUGGACCAAAGUCUUAUGAAGGAUUUUCCUGGCCCUGCUGGGGAGGUUUCAGCACAAGGAGUUGUGAGCACUGCCGUGGUACAAGAUGGUGAUGGCAGAAGGGACCUGAGAAGCCCAGCUAAAGCCCCGCAUAUGCCGCUCAUUGAAGGAAAGAAAAAUUCCUUGAGAGUAGAAGGAGAUAAUAUUUAUGUCAGACAUAGCAAUUUAAUGUUGGAGGACCUGGAUAAGGCCCAGGAAGAAAUACUGAAACACCAGGCUAGCAUUAGUGAACUCAAGCGCAAUUUUAUGGAAUCCACACCUGAACCACGCCCUAAUGAAUGGGAAAAACGACGUAUCACACCUCUGUCCCUACAGACACAAGGGAGCAAAGGAGAUCAUCUUUUCAAGGACAUUUUAUCCAUGAAGGAGAAGCCUCAGAUGGUGGCAGCGCGGACAGUUGAAGAAAAGCCCCAGGAGGCAGACAAGAGCCUAGAAGAGGAGAUAACAUCCAUUUUGUUUAGUGAAGAGGGCUUUUCUGAUAGCAUGAAAGCCUCCUUCAGCUCAGCCACCACUCGGACAGCAGAGGGCACUGCUGUGAACUCUAAUGCACCUUCUGAAAAGCUUUCCUCGCCCUUCUCACGGUUGCCUGAGAAACGCGCUCCUGAGUCCGAAGGGCCUUGCGCCGGAGCCACUGAUGCUGUUAAGAGUUCACUUGAGACUCUGAAUGUAGUGGAGAAGAAGCAGGCAGAGGUUGGGAAAGACGAAAGAGUAAUCCCCGAAGAAAUGAACGGUAAAGAGCUGCCCCCUGGGCGUGGUCCUGGGGAGAUGCGGAAGGUGGAGCCAGGGCUGCAGAAAGACUCCACCUCCCUGUCUUCUGAGAGCAGCGGCGGCAGCGAGAGCGAGGAGCAGGAGGAGGACGUGGGGGAGUACCGGCCCCACCGGCGGGUGCCUGAGAGCACCAUCAGGGAGGAGGAGGACGCGGAGGAGGCGGAGGAGGCCCCCGGCCAAGCAGCCAAGGUAGUGGACAGGGAGCGCCCCGCGCCGGCAGCCAGCCCGGGCCCGCGCGCGGGGGCCGGCCUCGGCCCGGCGGAGACAGGGGCCCAGGAGAAGGUAGUGGCCCCCCAGCUCCCUGCCGAGAGGAGGGCAGACCCAGGCGCUGUUGAGCAAGACGCCAGCGGAGAAGCGGAGGCCGAGCCCCAGAAGGUUAAUGGAGAGGCGGCUCGUGUUGACACUGAUGUUUUGCCAGAGAUUAUUUGUUGUUCAGAGCCACCAGUGGUAAAAACAGAGAUGGUAACAAUUUCUGAUGCCUCACAAAGGACAGAAAUCUCCACCAAGGAAGUCCCUAUUGUCCAAACUGAGACCAAAACCAUCACUUAUGAGUCUCCACAGAUUGAUGGCGGGGCUCGUGGUGACUCGGGCACGUUACUGACCGCACAGACCAUCACGUCUGAGUCCGUGUCGACAACAACAACCACACACAUCACCAAGACUGUAAAAGGUGGGAUAUCUGAAACAAGAAUUGAGAAACGCAUUGUGAUCACAGGAGAUGGAGACAUUGAUCAUGACCAGGCGCUGGCCCAGGCCAUCAGGGAAGCCAGGGAGCAGCACCCCGACAUGUCGGUCACGAGGGUGGUGGUGCACAAAGAAACCGAACUGGAGGAGGGGGACGAGUGAGAAAUUCAUUUUAUAGACAACACUCAACUUUGUGAACCUGAAGAAUUUUGACCAUUCCAAGUCUUAAUGCCACACCACUGCUCCAGCGAAUUUAUACCACGACUGGUUCCAAUGGCCAGAAGCCUGAAGAAUUAAAACGCCAACACCAAACCUUACCUUAACAGCUCUGGUCCAUACCAUUCCCCCGCAUUUUAAUAUAUUGUUUUGUUUUAUAACCACUUCUUAAUAUCACUUCUUUUCUUUCUUUUUUGUUUUUUUAGUUAGAGAGUUUUGUCUUUUGUUUCCUGUUUACUUUGUGUACAACUACCUGCUUUCUGUGACUCAUUUUGAUCAAAUGAUAGUGAACAAAGCCAGCCCCAGCUGGUACGGUGCCGUUCACUGGAUCGGGUGCUGUUGUGCGGAAAGGAGACUCUGUGACUCAUUUUGAUUUUGAGAGUGGCUUUCCUUCUUCCGGAUGCUUCCCACUGGGUUCUUAGAAGUCAAUAUUUACAGUUUUCAGUUUGUGGUAAAUACACUGUAUGAGGAAAUGUUAAUGCAGAUUUAAAAGUGUUUCUUACAUUAUGAAAAUUUUCUAAUGUUUUGAAAAUUUCCUUGGGGCUAUUUUUUGAUAAUGAACCCUUUUGACUUUCCAGUCCUGUGACUUUUUACUUUGGAGCAGGAAGUCCGGGAAUCUGCGGACUGGAGAACCAUGAUGAAGUUCACUGACCACGCACUGUGUGCAGAGACCCUGCCGCACCGCGGUGCCCGUCCUUCUCCGACAUGGGCUCUUCGGCAGCAUUCCAGAAACCAGAGGGGAGAGGCAAGACUUUCUCCCCUCCUACUAAAACAUUCAGGCAGCUUAAAAACCUUAGUGCUUUCUUUCCUAACAUGUCCACAUUUCCAUACUUUCCACUAUUUGAACACUUGUGUAGAACACUUCGCUUUGUAUUAAACCCCCUUGUCUCCAUGUAAAAACUGACCUUUUGUUUAUCAAGCAGGUGUAUCUCUUUCAGAUAGCGUGAUGACUCACAGGUGUGAGGAUGCUGGGUUGGAGGAGUAGGGCCAUGGUGGGGUUUUUUUGACAGUUGUAAGAAAGUUACACCAGUAAAGCUGAUGCCAGAGACCUGAUAGGGACGUAUUAACUGUAUUGAACAUUCUUUGCUUUGCUUUGCCCCCAUGUAUAGUUAUGCCAGAUUAGAUAUCUAGCAGCUGCAAGUUGUAUUAAAUGAUAUUUUGCUUUCUGUAAUACUGUUAUAAAAUAAAGUCUGUUUAUUCUCUAAA